AUGGCGGUGCCGCCGACAGAGCAGGAGAGGCGGAAGCAGAUCAGCGAACGCUGCAUCGCGGGGCUCGCGGACGUCGCGGAGAUCAAGAAGACUUUUACGCACCUGCACUUCACGGUCGUGAAGGACCGGAACGUGGCCACGCCCCGGGACUACUACUUCGCCCUAGCCCACACCGUCCGGGACCACCUGGUGGGCCGCUGGAUCCGAACCCAGCAGUACUACUACGAGACCGACCCGAAGAGGGUUUACUACCUGUCCCUGGAGUUCUACAUGGGCCGAGCACUGCAGAACACCACCAUCAACCUGGGCCUGCAGACCGCCUGCGACGAAGCCAUCUACCAGCUUGGCUUGGACAUAGAGGAGCUGGAAGAGAUGGAGGAGGAUGCUGGUCUGGGAAAUGGUGGGCUGGGACGACUGGCAGCCUGUUUUCUGGACUCUAUGGCGACUCUCGGCCUGGCGGCUUACGGUUACGGGAUCCGCUACGAGUUCGGCAUCUUCAACCAGAAGACCAGAAACGGAUGGCAGGUGGAGGAGGCAGAUGAUUGGCUGCGGUACGGGAACCCCUGGGAGAAGGCGAGGCCCGAGUACAUGCUGCCGGUUCAUUUCUACGGCCGAGUGGAGAAAACGGACAGCAGGGCAAAGUGGACCGACACACAGGUGGUGUUGGCGAUGCCCUAUGACACUCCAGUUCCUGGUUACCGUAACAACACGGUGAACACGAUGAGACUGUGGUCAGCUAAAGCGCCGAACGAUUUCAAACUGCAGGACUUUAACGUGGGCGGUUACAUCGAAGCCGUCCUGGACAGAAACCUGGCUGAGAACAUCUCCAGAGUCCUUUACCCCAAUGACAACUUCUUUGAGGGGAAGGAGCUGCGUCUGAAGCAGGAGUACUUCGUGGUCGCCGCCACGCUGCAGGACAUCGUCCGCAGAUUCAAGUCCUCCAAGUUCGGCAGCAGAGACCCGGUGCGGACGUCCUUCGACACGUUUCCGGAGAAGGUGGCAAUCCAGCUGAACGACACCCACCCGGCUCUGACCAUCCCCGAGCUGAUGAGGAUCCUGGUGGACAUCGAGAAGCUCGACUGGGACAAGGCCUGGGACAUCACCUGCCGCACCUGUGCGUACACCAACCACACGGUGCUGCCCGAGGCGUUGGAGCGCUGGCCGGUUUACAUGUUUGAGCAGCUGCUGCCGCGACACCUGCUGAUCAUCUACGACAUCAACCAGAAACACCUGGACAGGGUGGCGGCCUUGUUUCCCGGCGACACGGAUCGUCUGCGGCGGAUGUCUCUGAUCGAGGAAGGCGACCUGAAGAGGAUCAACAUGGCUCACCUGUGCGUGGUCGGCUCUCACGCCGUCAACGGAGUCGCUCAGAUUCACUCGGACAUCGUGAAGAGCAGCGUGUUUAAAGACUUCCACGAGCUGGAGCCGGAGAAGUUUCAGAAUAAAACCAACGGCAUCACUCCUCGCCGCUGGCUGCUGCUGUGCAACCCCGGGCUGGCUGACAUCAUCACUGAGAGAAUCGGAGACGCCUUCCUCACAGAUCUGUAUCAGCUGAAGAAGCUCCUGCAGCUCGUGGACGACGAGUGCUUCGUCAGAGACGUGGCCAAAGUCAAACAGGAGAACAAGCUGAAGUUCGCCGCCUUCCUGCAGCAGCGGGGCCACACCAAAGUGAACCCGGACUCCAUCUUUGACGUGCAGGUGAAGAGGAUCCACGAGUACAAGAGGCAGCUGCUCAACUGUCUGCACGCCAUCACGCUCUACAACCGAAUCAAACUUGAGCCAAAGAGAUCGUUUGUUCCUCGGACCGUGAUGAUCGGAGGGAAGGCGGCUCCGGGGUACCGCAUGGCGAAGCUGAUCAUCAAGCUGAUCACCUGUGUGGGUCAGGUGGUCAAUAACGACCCGGCGGUGGGAGACAAGCUGAAGGUGAUCUUCCUGGAGAACUACAGAGUGUCUCUGGCUGAGAGAGUGAUCCCGGCUGCAGACCUGUCUGAGCAGAUCUCCACCGCAGGAACGGAGGCGUCCGGAACAGGAAACAUGAAGUUCAUGCUGAACGGCGCCCUGACCAUCGGCACGAUGGACGGCGCCACAGCGGAGAUGGCCGAGGAGGCUGGAGAGGAGAACCUCUUCAUCUUCGGCAUGAGGGUGACGGACGUGGAGGCCAUGGACAGGAAGGGCUACAACGCCAGGGAGUACUACGAGCAUCUGCCGGAGCUGAAACUUGCCGUGGACCAGAUCCAGGCCGGCUUCUUCAGCCCCGGGGAGCCCGAGCUCUUCCGAGACCUGAUCGACAUGCUGCUGAACCACGACAGGUUUAAGGUGUUUGCUGAUUACGAAGCCUACGUCAGGUGUCAGGAGCAAGUCAGCGAGCUGUACAAGAACCCCAAAGAGUGGACCAAGAUGGUGAUCCACAACAUCGCUGCCAGCGGGAAGUUCUCCAGCGACCGAACCAUCUCGCAAUACGCCCGCGAGAUCUGGGGCGUGGAGCCAUCCGACAUCAAGAUCCCGCCGCCCAAUGAGCCGCCGUUCAUGUCGCGGACCUGACACUGCCACGCCACUCCCGCAGCUUCCUGCCUGAAGCCGGGCCCAAAUGUAAACGUUCCUUGAGCUCGUCAUCGCCGUACUGCACAGCCGCGCACACGCUGACCUUCACUCGACUGCAAUAAACAAAAACGACGUCGUCAUCACAGCCAUAAACGCCAAAACGCUGCCGUUUAAUCUACUUCCUGUUCCUGUGAAAACGCUUCUCACUUCUGUGAAAACUCCUUAAAGAAACAUAAACAAGUCUCCGGCGCUUUCCUCUUUACCGUUCUCCUCCAUCAGCCUUUAACCUUUGACCUUUCCGGAAAACUGUGUGGAGUCACUGAAAUACUGGAAAGGUAUUAAUGUUGGAGCAAUGUGGAUCGGACAAGUCCCGCGUGUACCUGGCGAUGAGCUCACCUGGAGGAUAACUGCAGGUUAGAAUGAGCUGUUUGCUGUCAAUCAACAGCUUUUAAUUUGAAAGGAAAGGUGAGCUUCCUCACCUGCCUGUACGUCCAGGUGGAUAUAUCCAUGCAGAAUCGUGCCUUUGAGUCAAACAGCGAAGGAGCGCAGUUUACUCACCAUCCAAUCACAUUACAGCAUAAAUAAGCUAACGAGCGCGUGUCAGCGUGCUGUCUGUGGAGGUGCGUUCAGGGAAACAAACAGCUGGUAAAACUGAAACUUUGUUUUUUAGCCUCUUUUAGUUAAAAAAAAAUCAUCAUGUUUGAUGAAGCCGAGCGUCAUCAGCAGCUCAGAGCUCAUUAAUAUUAUUAUUGUUGUUAUUUUGGUUUUAUUGAGUUGCUUGUUCGAGGCCCGGCGUGGCCGCCCAGGUGUCUCGUGGGUAAUGGAUCCGUCUGUUCGUGUUAGAAUCUGUUUCUACUGCUGUUUUUAUUUCCUUCACCACAGAAACAUGAACCUGAUGUUUGUCACGUUUUAAACCUCAGACACAGAAACGGCUUCAUCAUCGACUCGACUCAUUUUCUGUUUUUGUUUUGAAACGAGAUUUUUGAUGUCGUCAAAACUUCCUUGUUAACAUUUUUACUUUCAUCUGAUGAUUUCUUUGAAGUUUAACAUUUACUUUAAAUAUUUUUGGAUAUUUUUGCAUCUUUACAUUUAAAUAAAAAUACUAAAAAUC